CCCUGAUAGCUCUAGUAUCCAGGAUUUUAGCUAAUGUCUAUCCUUGUUAGUCAAUCAGCUACAGAUCCAUUAGCAUGUGCUUCCAAUUUCUCUAGAAAGAUGUCACUAAUUGAUCCACGAAAAGAGUUCAAGAGGAGGACUGAGCCAAACUGGUGAAAUUGUAAUCUUUUCACUCGAUCGUGGUCCUUUUUCUUUCUUGAAACUGAAUGUGCUAUAACCUCAUGAUGUUCCCUGAUCCUUAUAUCUUAGACACUUUGAACUCAUCAGUGUGCAAUUCGGUUGACACAUUUUUUACUUUUGACGACUGCUGUCUCAGGAAAACGAAAGGUUGGACUGAAAAUCGGAAUAGGAAUGGUUGCAUUAGGAGCUGGAAUUGUGGUCACCCUUAUCUUAAUGCUUUCCUUCACGAAUAAACCAGUGAUCAGAAUGAUUAUGGCUUUGAUAAAGCAUAGGAGCGAACAUUGCGAUGGUGAAAUGCAAAUCAAGGGACUCGUCUUUUCGAGAAGAUACACCUACAAAGACAUCAACAGGAUGAUUAACUCUUUUGAAGAAAAGUUAGGCCAGGGAGGCUAUGGCUUCGUGUACAAAGGCAAGCUUCGAGACGGUCAACUUGUGGCAGUGAAGUUGCUAAAGAAGCUGAAAGGUGAUGCAAAAGAAUUUUUCAAUGAAGUUGCAAGCAUAAGUAGGACUUCUCAUGUUAAUGUUGUCAGCCUCAUAGGGUUCUGUUUUGAAGGAAGCAAAAGAGCUUUGAUUUAUGAGUUCAUGCCUAAUGGAUCACUCGAGAAGUUUAUAUUCAACAGGAGUAACACUUGGGAGGUAGAUCAGCAAUUGAGUUGGGACACAUUGUACCAGAUUUCGCUUGGCAUAGCUCAUGGGCUAGAGCACUUGCAUAAAGGAUGCAACACGAGGAUCUUGCACUUUGAUAUAAAGCCUCACAACAUUCUCCUUGACGCAAACUAUUAUCCCAAGAUUUCUGACUUUGGUCUUGCCAAAAUAUGCCCAAGAGAAGAGAGCAUCGUGUCAUUGCUUGGUGCUCGGGGCACCGCCUGAUACAUUGCUCCGGAGCUGAUCAUAAGGAAUAUCGGAGGGGUUUCUCACAAAUCGGAUGUCUAUAGCUACGGUAUGAUGGUUUUGGAGAUGGUUGGUAAGAGGAAAAAUAUUGAAGUCACGGUAGAUCGAACCAGCGAAACAUACUUCCCUCAUUGGGUCCAC